AUGCUACAGAUCAAGGAACACUAUCCGCACAUCACGCUACCCAGCAAGCUCGAGUACCCCAGCAUACCCUCCAAAGACGUUAACGACUUUCUGCGCGCAUACAUCCCCUACAAUGACGCUCCUGUCAUCAGCCUUGGGGAUGCCUAUGGAAUGGGUUUGCGCGGGCUUCCUUUCUACUUCGAGGGCGCGGUUGCGCCCUUUACAAGCACCUGCGCGGACAUCUGGCAGCCUCCCCCCGUUAUAGAGAACUUCGUGAAUGGAUUCAUCGACACUUUUCUGGGGUCAGAGUAUGCAGCGCUGCACCUAAGGCGAAGCGACUUCUCCAGGACUUAUCGGAAGGAGGACAAUGGAAGGGAGCGUAGCUCUUUCCUUCCUAUCGUCACUGUCGCUUAUUUCGUGAUCGAGCGUUUGAGGGAUACGGGCGUGUCCGUGGUGUACCUCGCAACUGAUGCAAGCCCGUCCGAGAUUCAACUGCUGGAGAAGCUGUUUCUUGGUUCUGGUAGCUGGAGACCCCUUGUGGUAGUGCGCCUGCCCGAGUUUGCUAAGGGAUCCGAGGAGUAUUCACAAUUUCCCUGGGGCCACGGGCGGCUGUUCGUGCUGUUUCUGAUGGCAAAGGACGGAAUCGUGUUCUUCUGUCUGGGCUACGACCCGCUCACCAAGGAUCAGGCGCGCGGGCUGCUGGGGCGCGUGCGCACGGCGUUCCUCUACUCCGCGCGCAAGUGCGACCUGCACUCGGGCGCGCCGCUGCCCGACGCGACGCGCGACAACAUCCGCAAGUCGUUCGCGUCGACCUUCCGCUCGCACAGAGGAAAGAUCGAGGAAGGCGCGCAGCCGCCGCCGCUGACGAUCUACCACGACGCGCCGUUCGCGUAUCGGACCAAGUCGGAGGAUUCGUUUCCCGCAGGUGAGAGUCAGGAUGGGGAGGAGAGCGAGGAGGGGGAGGAGGUUGAGGAAGGGGGGUGGGAUGAUUACGAGGAUGAUGGUGAUUAUAGUGAAGGUGAUGGUGGUGGUGGUGGUGGUGGGGAGGACAGGGCAGAGCUUAGGGGGGAGGAUGAAGCGGGCGAUCCUGAGAACUGUGACAAUAGGCGGAGUUCCGCAGACGGGGAAGCGGAAGGGAUGCCAGCGGCCGGUACAGGAACAGGUACAGGGUCAAGAAGCAGCAGAUCGAACGGUCAGGAUCAACAGACGAGAGAGCAGCAGCAAGCAGCUGGGGGGAGCGAUGCUGGGGGUAGGAACAGCAGGGACGGCAAGGACGGUAGGGAUAAUGAUGAUGAUGAUGAUGACUCAGGGUGGAUUGAUGGUGCCACCCUGGUGACGGGGCAAGCGCUGAAGGGUGCCACGUGGCAGCGACUCCCCGCGUCGGAUCCGGGAAUCGGGCGGGGAAGAGGCAGGCGGAAAGGGGGAGGUACCGGGCGGAACAGUUGCGAGGGGAGCGGGGGGAGGGGGAGUGCGGGCAGUCGUCUCACGCCGAGACAGAGGCUCCUGCAGGAGGUGGGGGAGGUGCUGGUGGGAGUGGGGGCGGAUGUGUCAGGGUGCGCCGUUGACCCCUGCUUUGACCUCGGUCAACCCAUCCGGCCGGUAGGCCCGUCCCUUGACCUGGGUCAACCCGUGAGACCAGCAGAUAGAAACAGUCGGUCGGCCAAGGCAAAUGCCGUUGAUAGCAGCAGGGACGGCAGUGGAGGAGAAGGAGGAGGAGCAGAGCUGCAAUCUCGGCCUACCGCAGUUGAACCGUCCCCAGUUGCGCCUGCCCGCCCCUCUCCGGGAUACCCCCCCCGAGGCACCUCCACCCCCCCCAUCGCGCCCUCCUUCGGCUCCCCUGCUGCCCUUCGCGGCUCAGGCUCGGGAAAACGUCUCUCGAUCAAUGAGAGGCCAACAGCUGGCAUCGCGGGCAGCGAUGGAAGCGGGUGGAACAUGAGCGUAACGUUACCCCCGCAGGCCCUCGCCCAGCUCGCAGCCGCCAUGCAGGAAGGGGACGACGAGGACGGGGGGAAGGGGGCGUUGCGGGAAGGGCAUGGGGGGGAAGGAGAUGGGAAUGGGGGUGGGGAGGAUGGAGGGGGUCCUGGGUUGGGGUUUGAGUGGCGGAGUGUUUCGGCAGCAGUGGCCGCGGCGCAGAGAGGGGACCGCGCGUUUGUGCACAGCCAUAGUUGGAACGUACGAUCGAGUGGCCUGGACGAGGGGGAGGAGGGCGAGCGGGGAGAGGGCGGAAGGGGUGGAGAGGGGUGGGAAGCGGUGCAAGGAAGAAGGACAAUGAGCAGUCAAGGGAGGAAGGGUGCGGUUUCAGGAGUGUCUCCUGGCAUGUCGCCUUCGGGUUCCAUCACACCGUCACGGCUGUCCAGACUGGGCUCCUCUGCUUCUCCUUCCGCUGCCACUGCUGCGGUUUCCUCACAUGCCUUUCCGGACAUGGACGGCUCGUAUAGUCACGCUUCAAGAAGCAACUCUUAUAGUCACACCCCAGUGGAUGGGCCACACAGGAGCAGCCCUCUGCGGGACUCCAACCUCCCCCCUAGGUCGAGCCCUCUGGCUCGAGAGCUCGCGGAUUUGGAGAAGGAAGCCGGAUCAGUACAGUCUGUCCCCGUUAUAAGCUCAUCUUCUCCAGGCAGAGUUGCUUUUCCGGAUUUGGCGCCUGCGGGUAACAGAAGAAGCAGCCUAGCGCAAGAGAUCGAGGAGCUUGAGGGAACAGGCACAGGUGCAGAACACAAUGUCAACAGCAGCAGUACUGCUUUCGGUCCUACUGGCAGGAUCGCUGGUGGUAACCCUAGUGCUGGUGGUUACUCUCCUGGUUACCCGCGCGGUGACAGUGGCAGAAGCGGCAGUGCCAGCAGCAGCCGCAGGUUCCUUGGUGCAGGUAGCGCUGGAGACAUAGCCACUGCUGGUAGCGGCAGGGAUAUAGCCACUGGUGUGGCCACUGGUGUGGCCACUGGUGGGGCCACUGGUGGGGACACUGGUGGGGACAUAGCAGUUUUUGGUGCGUCUCAGAAAUGGACUUUACCGCCGAGCUCUAGCUCAGAAUGGAAACCCGGGCCUGGGAGCGACAGUUGUGUUCCAAUGGCUGGGAGCGAUGGUUACCGCGUAACCGACCGGUUUGGUGCAUCUACGAGUAUUGUGUCCGAGCCGUCUGCGUCGCCUCAGUCUCCUGCGAGUUCUGUCGCCGUUCCUGUCCUCCGCCGAACCUACACGGACUGCGACCGGCAUGCUGCGGCAGGAGGUUUGGGGGGAGGUGCGGAAGUAGCAGCAGCUGGUGGUGCGGCUGGUUCUGGUGUGGCAGAUUCCACGUAUCUGGCCUCGCCCGGUUGUUCGAUGCACCUGGCCUCUCCUGCUCGCUCCUGCGCAUCCAGUAUAGAUGGUCGUUCCGAGGUAAUGCUGCGAUCCCCACAGUAUGGACGAGCAGGAGCAGCAGGAGUGGGAGCAAAGGGAGGAGCAACUGGAGCAGUAUCACCUGCAAGAGCAGCAGUAGGACAGACUAACUCUCCUGCUACUGCUUUCGCCCCCUCCUCACCUGCUCCUGACCGUACCAGCCGCCCUGCUUUCCCCGACUACCAGAGCUCUCCCUCCGCUUCCCCCAUUUCCACCACUUCCCCCUCCCGCUCCCAAGUCCCGCCCGUGCCUCCCUCCUCUAAACCUAGACGUACUUCCAAGGUGUUUAAAGCGUUUGGGCCUAAAAGCCCGCUGAACACGGUGAAAUCCGGAGGGUUCUGGCCGGUGCAGAGCGGUUGGGGGGGUGGUGACGCCAGCCCUGCCAGUAGUACUGCUAGCGGGUUCUCUGCUGCUACACCCACUGCUGCUGCCGCUGUUGCUGCUGCUGCUGCUGCCGCGGCUUCUGCUGCUGCUGGUAGUUCCACUCCUGUUGCUGCUGGCUCUGGUGGUUUGAUGAGUAGCAGUAGUAGUGGCAGCAAUCAGAAGGGAGGGGAAGGUUCACUCGGAAAGAUGUGGCUUAAGCUGUUUGGGAAAGGUUGGGGCAAAGGGGGUGGUGGACAGGGAGGGGGGAGUGAGGAGAUGGAGGAGGAGGAAGGGGCGGGGAGGAGAGGAAGGAGGUUGUCACUUCAAGGGUCUGGGAGCGAAGCCGGAGCAGGGAGAGGGGAUGAAACGGCUGGGCAGAUUCGGGGCAGGUUACGAAGAAAUUCUCUAUCUACCCGGCUGGAGAAAGUGGGGCUACGGGCGAGCGCAACCGUUGGAUCGAACCCAUGGGGCGGGAAGGGAGAUGGGGGAAGCGAAGGUGAUGGGGCCAACGAGCGGCUGAGGGUUUCAGUGGCUGGAUUAUCUCCCCCGAGAUGGAGAUGCAGCCAUGGGAGUUACACGAGGGAAAUGAUAGGGGUUGAGGGGGAGAGAGGGGGCUAG